CGUGACUUCUGUGCGUCGACGUACUGACGUGUCAGGAAACACGGUGACGUGGUGCAGUAGGUCUGCCCAGCUGCUGUGAGUUUUUGUUUUUUCUCCGGAAUUCGCUCCUUUUUUGACAGUUAGUCCGGUUUAAGUCGCGGCAGACAGGUCGAACAGGAACCGAGAACCAUCGGAAGGUUUGCAGAAAGACGGCACCGAUGCGAGAGGUGGAGCUGGCUCCUCGGCAGAAUGAAUAUCGGCUCUAAAAGCAAGAAGCGGGUGGUGCUGCCCAGCCGUCCCGACCCCCCCACUGUGGACCAGAUCCUGGAGGACAUCAACAGGGCCGCUCCCAACGACCCGCUCUUCAGCAUCCUGGAGCAGACCGGACAAGACUCAUCCCGGCCUGCAGACACUGAUGUGGACUUGAAGUUCCAGCAGUGUCGUCGGUACCUGGAGCUGAACGAGCGGCUGCAGGAGGCUCGAGGUCAGCUGCUGCGACAGAGGGAGGAGCUGGGGGCGACUGGGGAGCAGCUGGACAGAGACGUGGCAAAGGUCAAGGGUCAACCACUCUGACUGCACUGCUUGCCGUCACAGACUCUUCUUCUCUGUCCAGGAGACUUUUUAACCGACGGCCUCGGCUCAGCGACUGUUCUCUAACUCAGCUGAAUCAGGACAAACCUGCCGAAGUGCCCUUGACCCCGACACUGGUGGUGCUUCCGGAGACCCAGUGCUGGCUGUCAUCUGACCCCACAAUUAAACUCUGCGUGUGUGUGUGUGUGUGUGUGUGUGUGGGUGGGUCGUCAUUUAGGUCACACAUUUCUCAUCAUAUUAAUUUGACUGACGGGGUCUGAUGGUGCGUUCAAGUACAAAGUAAAGUGAAAAUUUAGUCUUGCUGUGUUUGUGGGUUUGUUGAUGAUAUUCCCAAAACAGCAAAUUUUUCAAUUUUUAUUGGCUCAAAAAAAGAGAAAAAGUUUAGAGUUUCUGAAAUGAUGGUCAGAAACAUUUUUACAGCAACAAAUCUUUUCUACACACUUGUGUAGGGCUUCUUCAGAGGUUUACAAUGGCUGAUUUACAACCGCAGGCUCUUAAAUGAUUUGUGAACCUCAUUUCACUUACUCUUUUUCAUCUUAAGUUGUUUUUCAGAGCCGAUAAGAAACAAAUCUAAAAACGCCCCAGGACGGGAGUGAUUUUCUGAUCUGUAAAGGCUAAAAAGCAGUGAUGCAUUUUUGCCUCAGCUGUUGCACAUCUUUGCAUUGACUAUGUGCAAUCUCUAAAAUUCACUUUGCUCUCAGUCUGAACACACCUUUCUAGAUUCACAGUCACAAGCUGUCAACAAAUAAAAAGCACCAUGUUGAAAGAUG